CGCGAGGUCGGCGCGCGCGCUUCAGCGAGCGCAAGAGCAGAAGCAGGAGGAGCCUGAGGCUGCGAAAAGGGAAUCAUGUCUGCCCUCAUCUAUGUUAACACCCGUCAGCGUCGAUACCGCAGGGAGGAGGCCGCGCGCGCUGAGCUCGUUGCCCUUAGUCUGUAUGGCGCCGGGGGCCACCCAAAGCCCCGCCCCUUUUCCAUGCCCUCACCCAAGAUGGCGCCACCCUGGCUUCUCGAACCUCCAGUAGCUGGGAAAGGGACGGGAAAGAGAGAGAAGGGAGGGCGGCGGGGAGGAGGGAAGCCAAGAAGGCGGGGGAAAGGGGGAGUGCGGGGGAGAAGGGAGCCGAGGCGGAAGUCGAGGGGCCCCCCGGGUGGAAGUGACGCUACCCCCGCUGCCCAAAAUGUCGGCGCCCAGAGGGAGGUAGAGAGCCCCCACCCGCCAGUGCCCUCGAGCCACGCCACCAUGGAUGACGCCCCGCUGACAGCGCCCCCGGUCCCUGCCCCGGCCCCGGCCCCGGCUCCACCAGCUGUUGCCCCCCGCGUCCCGUUUCACUGCAGUGAGUGUGGCAAGAGCUUCCGCUACCGCUCGGACCUGCGGCGCCACUUCGCUCGGCACACUGCACUCAAACCCCACGCGUGUCCGCGCUGCGGCAAAGGCUUCAAGCACAGCUUCAACCUGGCCAACCACCUGCGCUCGCACACAGGCGAGCGGCCCUACCGCUGCUCCGCCUGCCCCAAGGGCUUCCGAGACUCCACCGGCCUGCUGCACCACCAGGUCGUCCACACCGGCGAGAAGCCCUACUGCUGCCUAGUCUGCGAGCUCCGCUUCUCUUCGCGCUCCAGCCUGGGCCGCCACCUCAAGCGCCAGCACCGUGGGGUGCUCCCGUCCCCCCUGCAGCCCGGCCCGGGCCUGCCCGCCCUGAGCGCUCCCUGCUCGGUCUGCUGCAACGUGGGGCCCUGCUCGGUGUGCGGGGGCGCGGGGGCUGGCGGCGGAGAGGGCCCGGAGGGGGCGGGCGCGGGCCCGGGGAGCUGGGGGCUGGCGGAGGCGGCGGCCGCCGCGGCGGCCUCGCUGCCUCCGUUCGCGUGCGGAGCUUGCGCGCGGCGCUUCGACCAGGGCCGCGAGCUGGCAGCGCACUGGGCCGCGCACACCGACGUGAAGCCCUUCAAGUGUCCGCGCUGCGAGCGCGACUUCAACGCCCCCGCGCUGCUGGAGCGCCACAAGCUGACCCACGACCUGCAGGGGCCGGGCGCGCCCCCCGCGCAGGCCUGGCUCUCCGGGGCUGGCACCGGGCCCGAGACGGCCGGCGAGGGCGGCGCCGCGGAGGCGGGCGAGGCCCAGCCGGCCUGGGACGGCAGGCUGCUCCCGGGCCGCGCCGGGGGCGCCGUGCCCGAGCUGGGGGCGCUGCUCCCCGAGGGCGGCGGGGAGGCCCCUGCGCCCGCGGCCGCGGCCGAGCCGUCGGAAGACACCCUCUACCAGUGCGACUGCGGGACCUUCUUCGCGUCGGCGGCGGCGCUGGCCGGCCACCUGGAGGCGCACUCGCGGCCCGCGACCUACGGCUGCGGCCACUGCGGCGCCCUCUACGCGGCCCUGGCGGCCCUGGAGGAGCACCGGCGCGCCAGCCACGGCGAGGGCGGCGGCGCGGAGGCGGCGGCGGCGCCCGCCCCGGAGAGGGAGCCCGCGUCUGGGGAGCCUGCGUCCGGCUCGGGCCGCGGCAGGAAGAUCUUCGGCUGCUCCGAGUGCGAGAAGCUGUUCCGCUCGCCGCGGGACCUGGAGCGGCACGUGCUGGUGCACACGGGCGAGAAGCCGUUCCCGUGCCUGGAGUGCGGCAAGUUCUUCCGCCACGAGUGCUACCUCAAGCGCCACCGGCUGCUGCACGGCCCCGAGCGGCCCUUCCCCUGCCACGUGUGCGGCAAGGGCUUCAUCACGCUCAGCAACCUCUCCAGGCACCUGAAGCUGCACCGGGGCAUGGACUGACGUGGCCAGGCCGCGCGCCCCUCCGCUGGACCGCCCCUCCCAAGGGCUGGACUCAGGGCCCGGGCCAGGGGACCUAGGGACCACGAGGGAGGCCCCGGCCCUCCAGAUCCAGACACGGGCCCCGAGAUGCGGGGACCCUGGCUGGAGACAUGGAGCCACCAAACACACGGGCCCCUGAGCUGGGGGGCAGCGAAUGCACGGAGAGAUUCCUCAGCGCGAGGGUCCCGGAUCUCCGGAGAGAUUCCUAAGCUCCAGGCCCCUGGAAUACGUGCUGGGCACCCCCAAGUCAAUAGGCUCCUAAGCUGCGGGACCUAGGAAUGAGAAAUGGGUCUCCAGCAGUACUUCUCAUCUUGAGGGCCCAGAUAAUACAAGAUGGGCACCCCUCCCCCCAGGGAAGACUGCCCCUCUCCCUAAGAGCGGUCAUUCCGACGACCUUGAUCCGGAGAACGGCGGGGG